ACAGAAAGGUGGGUCCGGGUUUUGACAGGCAGCUCCGCAACCAAUGAUAAGCACCUAAAACCCUCCUCCUCUCCCUGCAGAGGUACCCGACGGAAGGUUACGAGACUUCGACUUUAGUUGAAAGAGACGCACCGGCUGCUCCUGCGAGAUGGAACCACCGUUGCUGAAUAAUACUGACGAAAUUGCCGCUUUGUACCGUGAACUCAGCCAGUUCCCAUCUCUUUCCAGUGCUUGUAUUGGGCCUGAGAUAACAACACAGUAUGGAGGGAAAUAUUGCAAUAUUUAUACAGAAUGGUCUCAGCGGGACUUAGAAAGAGCUGAAAAUGUGAAAUUCUGCCGUCAGUACCUCAUCUUCCAUGACAACCACUCCAUUGUGUACUCGAGCCCCUCUGGCAACUGCACUGAAAUCAAAGGAGAGCUGCUCAGCUGUGACUCUCCCAGUGGAGCUCAGAAAGCUGUUCUGCGAAAGACCAGUAAUAGCAAAGGCGAGGAAAAACAGUUUCUUGAGGUGUGGGAGAAGAACCGCAAGGUGAAGAGUAUUGAUUUAUCAGCUCUGGAGAAACACGGCCAAGUGUAUGAGGAUGACCAGUUUGGCUGCUUGGCCUGGUCACACUCAGAGACUCACCUUCUGUAUGUGGCAGAGAAGAAGCGCCCUAAGGCAGAGUCCUUCUUUAAGCCUAAAGCUCCUGAGCUGAAUGUUGAAGAGGAGCUGAGCAAGACUGAGCAACGAGAGAAAGCCAUCAAGGGGGAGCAGUUUGUAUUCCACGAAGACUGGGGGGAGACCCUGGUGGCUAAGAGUGUCCCCGUGCUCUGUGUAUUGGACAUUGAGAGCAACAAUGUCUCGGUGUUGGAGGGUGUUCCAGAGCACAUCUCUCCUGGCCAGGCUUUCUGGACUCCUGGUGACACAGGGGUGGUAUUUGCAGGCUGGUGGCAUGAGCCUUUCCGUCUAGGGUUGCGGCACUGCACCAAUCGCAGAUCAGCUCUUUUCCAUGUGGACCUGACAGGCGAUCGUUGUGAGCUGCUUUCAGAUGAUACCAAGGCCAUUUGGUCUCCACGCUUGAGUCCAGACCAGUGUCGCAUUGUAUAUCUGGAGAACAUGGCUUUUGGGCCCCACCAACAGUGCAGCCGCUUGUGCAUGUAUGACUGGUACACAAAGCUGACUUCUACUGUGGUGGAGAUCGUGCCUCGGCAGAACCAAGGUGAAUUCACUGGGAUCUACAACACAGCAUUACCUGAGUGUUGCUGGGCAGCAGACAGCCAAAGGAUUGUGCUGGACACAGCUCAGCGCAGUAGGCAGGAGCUGAUUGUGGUGGAUACAUUGUCAGGCAGUGUGUGUUCUCUCACCAAGGGGUCCCCUCUUGGAAGCUGGACGCUGCUCACCAUUGACAGAGAUCUGAUGGUAGCCAAAUUCUCUACUCCAAGCUGUCCUCCCAUGCUUAUGGUGGCCUUCCUGCCUCCUUCUGGCAAGGAAGCAGAAGUAAACUGGGUGUGCCUGGAAGAAUCCAGCCAAAUUCAGGGAAUCACUUGGAAUAUCCAUACACUGCAGCCCCCACCAGAACUGGACAACCCCCACUAUGUGGGUCUUGAUUUUGAAGCCAUCCUACUCCGGCCCACUCAGGCACCGGAGAAGACCAAAUUCCCAUUAGUGGUGACACCUCAUGGUGGACCUCACUCUGUGUUCACUGUCAGCUGGAUGCUGUACCCAGCAGUGCUCUGCCAAAUGGGCUUUGCUGUGCUGCUGGUGAAUUAUCGAGGAUCACUGGGCUUUGGCCAGGACAGUGUGGCCUCCCUGCCAGGGAAUGUAGGCACUCAGGAUGUCAAGGAUGUGCAGUUUUGUAUGGAACAAGUGCUACAGAAAGAGCCCUUGGAUCCAGAGCGUGUGGCCUUGCUUGGUGGAUCCCAUGGCGGCUUCCUAUCCUGCCAUCUCAUUGGCCAGUACCCUGAUACCUACAAGGCCUGUGUGGCCAGGAAUCCAGUUGUCAACAUGGCCUCCAUGGUGGGAAGUACUGACAUCCCUGACUGGUGCCUAGCAGAAGCAGGCCUACCCUAUGAUCCGUCUGCACUCCCAGAUCCCAGACAGUGGACGGAGAUGCUACUUCAUUCACCUAUGCAGUAUGUUGAUAAGGUUCAGACACCUGUUCUCCUAAUGCUAGGAGAGGAAGACAGACGUGUACCCCCCAAGCAGGGCUUAGAGUAUUACCAUGCUCUCAAGGCCAGGGGCAUUCCAACUCGUGUGCUGUUAUAUCCAGGCAAUAACCAUGCCCUAGCUGGUGUGGAGGCUGAAGCUGAUGGAUUUAUGAAUAUUGCACUGUGGCUGAUCCAGCACAUGAAAUGAUGACUUCAGAACCUCAGCUGUAGCUGUUCUAAUCCCACCUCCCUAUCAAACAGUGUGACUGGCUAACAACAAUUCAAGUCUCUUCCACUCAAAGCAGCUAUAAUGAGGGUUGGGUGCUCUGGUACCUUUUGAUCAGGAGUGUGGAGUUAGAUGGAAUUAGUGACAGUGAAUAGUGUAUGUCCUGGUGGCCAGCUUAGUUUGCCAGUGGCAGAAGUCAUCAGAAGUCAUACUGUUGCCAAAUUUGGAGUCUUAUCAGGAGUUCUUCUGCAGGGGAUUGCUAUUGAGAAAUGGCCCUGUUUGAUUUUAGUGGAAUCUCUUAUCUACAGCGCUGGUUUUUGUGGGCAGAACUAGUGAGGCCGAGUCCCAAAGGACCUAGAUACAAACAACAAAUAAACGUUCUUGAUUGUAUAAGACUUGUAUCUCUUAAAUUUUGAGAUGCUGACUGGAAAGUAUAAUCACUUAGACUGGAAAUGAUUGAUCAGUUGCUAAGAUCUUCCUUGUGAUAUACACAUUAGAUUAUUUGGAAGAGGCAGUGGUAUCAGCAACCUGGGAUUCAAAGAAAGUGGUGAUUUAGAAGACAAUUCCAUGAACGCAAUACAGUCUUUUUGCAAAUAGACACCUAGAAUGGGCUCAAUCGCCAGGCUGGGCAUUUCCUUCCUACCCCGCCCCCCCCAUCCUGUAAUUGUGUGACCAGGAUCUGAAUGGUAAUACAUAUUGUACUCAAUGUGUGCGUUAUUAUUUAGAAAAUUUAUAUGUCCCUUUUCAGAGAUCUGCUUGAGGUGACAUAUAGGUAAGAAUAAUAAGAGAAGCUUUAAAACAUAUCAGUUAAAUACAACCAUAAAACAAAACUGGCUAAUAGCAUUUAAACAAGCUGUUCUGUCUGACUAUAGAUUCUUGACUAUCAAUCUGCUACUGAAUUGUUCUUCUAGCACUCUGUAGUUACCACUCUCUAGCACUUCAACUAACCCUUGUACGAGAGCAUGGAGACCAGGCAUCACAACUCAAGAAUAGAAAACUCGGAGCCCUACAAGCUUAGCUGCUGCUUCUUGUUAGGGUGUGGACCACUAACAGCUGCUGUGUGUUUAUAUUCUUGUUACUAUCAAUGAUGGCAGCCCUCGUUGUGAGAAGCUGCAAAGAAUUUUCUGUAUAUACUUUUAGGUUUAUUUCAUUUUCCUCUUGCACUGUUCAAGUAUAUUAACUCAGUAUUGUCUGUGUUUUGUUGAUGUUUUGAGUACCUGAAAUUUGAAAUAUGGAUGCUAAGCAAUAGUAUUUUUGAAUCAAAUUGAGCAAAGAGAUAGCUGCUCUUAAAUAAGAAUGGUAGAAAUUAGUAAUAUAAUUAAAAGGCUCACUCUUUAAA